UACUGUAGUGGCAGAGAGUACGGUAUAUAAAAGAAAUUUAGUAAAAUUCUUACACUUCGUCUCCGAUUAUUUUUGCCUCGAAAAGAUGAAUUUUUCACGCGAAUUUGAAACCUCAGCAACGUCGAUCCGAUUACUCUGGCAAUGCAUCGCGUAACGUUAGAAUUCGCCGACGAGCAAAAAAGGAUCGUGCAGCCCUACCAGCGAAUUCGACGAGUCGAUUCAAGCGAUGUGCGAUAUUUACGGACAGACACCUCCGAGGACUCGGAUGAGUCGUAAGAAGAGAUACAUGAAACAGAAACUGAAUGGAGGGGAUCUCAAAUCGGUGGAGAAGGAAUCGCCGUGUUGCAAAGUAACGAUCCGCAGAAGGAACACUUUGGACAACAUUAUUUUUAAUGAGAUGUGCGACAAAGCAGAUCGGGAUUACGAGGACGAGGUGAAUCUCGAUGUGAGCAAAGAGGGCAGCCGAAAAUGCAAGCGGAGUUUGAAAUUGCUGCGCGGCAACGAGAGGGACUUAAAGCUUGAUAUGGAGGCGGCUUUCAAUUAUGCAGAAAAGUCGGAUCAUUACCAAGUGUCUACACCGAAUCACAUAAAGAUCGAAACUAGAAAUAGAUUCCGGUGUCUGCGGUCAAAGCCCGUUGACGUCGAGGAAAAGAGGUUUCCACAUGAACUCCUCGAGCAAAGCAUGAUCCUAGAUAAUACGACGUCGGUCGCACAAUCGCCAAAAACGUCGAGUUUUAAGGAACGAGAAAAAUUUCACGACACGUUUUCUAUUCUCAUAAAGUUGGGGAGCACGGAACGCAAUUGUCGUCGUCAGAUGAGUCAUGAAGAAACUCGAUGGCAAAAUGAGUGGAAGGAUUUAAUAUGGCUGGAACUACAAGCUCAUCAUGCAGAUCGUAGUUCAAUGGCUCAAGAUGAGUACUUAUGUAGGCAACGAGAAGCUGUGGAAGGAUUACUUAAAGAAAUAAUGGAAUAUAGAUACAAUCCUUUCGCUACUGUUAAGGAUAAUUCCGGGCUUUGGGGCAACGUUAGUAAUACAUGUACGGACCGUGUAACGAAUUGUAACGUUAGUCCAAACAUAGAAUUUAGUACCUGUCCAGGAUGUCUUUCGAUGUAUUGCAGAGCUUGUGCCAAAGCACAAGGAGAAGCUUUACAACAAAUAGAAGGACUAUUAGCUAGACUGGACGCAGCUGAAGCUCUUUAUCCUUCUUCCCAAGCUUUGGGUGCACAAUAUCCGUUAUAUAAAAGUUCAGAGUUCACUGGAAGAGUGAAAGCAAUGUGCCUUUGGUACAAUAUGACUAAACACCAUCGGCUUAAGUUACAAAUAUUGGGGAAAUUGCUAAUGAUGUCACAUAGUAAGAAAAAGAUUGACGACGCUGUAGAUUCUGGGAUUAGUUCACGAAGUUCGGAUACCGUGGACUCUUCGGAGCAGCGACAAACUUUGGUCAGAUUCGAGGUAUCCAAUCAGCAAGAGGAUAGUACCAGUCCUUCCGACAGCAACAAUAGUAACAAUUCUUCAGCUGGAAUAUCGGUUGGACAGUCUUGGCCAUCCACUCCCGAAUCAUCUUUUACAUGUACAGACGACGAGAAAUCUGAUAGAUUCGAUUUUUAUUUGGUCGAAUUCGAUCGACAAGCUUAUAGAAAAUACAUCGAGGAUGUAUUGAAAACUAGAGGCCUUGGAAAAAGUCUGAAUUUUCUUGAGAGAUUACACACAUCUAUUUUGAGAAAAGCAAGACUGACAUUAGAAAAAUGUGAUAUAAGUGAGUCGAGUAAUUUAAACGAAGAAUACGAAGGUGAUAUGCAAUUGCGUAGAUAUGGAGUAUGGAGUCCUGUGGCUAGAGAACUGAAUCUUCCGUCGUAUAGGGCCGCCUUUGUGUUUCUUUCACGAGUACCAUUGGACGUGGUUCAUGAAUUUCUGAGGAUGAGAUUGGAGCAAAAGCCGGAACAACCUAGUCCAUUGUCUGUUCGGCAACUUAUGCGUGAACUUAGGGAAGGUCUUAGAAUUGCAUGCAUUCAUCGUGAUAGAUUCGCUGCACAUUCUAGCGCGGCAGUUGCUGGCGAUGAUAAUAGUUACGAAUAUUUAUUCCAAGAGGAUGUCAGGGACUUUGAUGAAAGUUUGAAGGCUGUGUUCGAAGUGUAUCUUGACUAUUUACAACAAUGGGUGGAUAUGGUACAACAUGAUAGUUUCCACAAAAAUUUAAUAAUGGACGAAUGGAUUUUCGUGAAAUCCAUUGCCGGAAAAAUAUUAGAUGGUUAUGAAAUUGCUGGUGCCAAGUUCUGCGAAAUUGCAAGAACGAUGAUUAAACAAGUUAAAGAAUUUCUGAACGAGAGACCUCGAGAAAUUAAAGAAAGUACAGAGGAGUGGAGCGACGAAGACUGGACAAAUAAAUUUCAGUUAAUGUAUGUUGGACGAGAGUGGCAAGGGAUGUUUGUCGAAGCACGAGAGAAGAUUGUAAAGAGUGUCACAUUGGCUAGAUGUUUGCAACGUGACAUUAAAAAUUGGUCUGUUUUCAAUAAAAAGUUAGAAGAAUCCCUAACAGCUUUAAAAGAAACUGUAAUGGAUCUCCGUCACCAGAUAACGAAUGUUAUUGAAAAUUUCGAACGUGAUCUUGAGCAAGCGGAAGAGCCAAAAGCUGAAUGCGACGCAUUUGCCAUGCGAUCGAGAAUAAGAGAAAUACUUCACCAGGCUUAUCGAAUGGGUUUCGACUAUUAUAAAGAAACCUGCAAAUUAUUUACAACGGGAGAGAAAGCUGUACUAGCGCGAGGAUUAGUCAUUUUUGCACUUUUGUGGAUGGAAUUUGUUAGGACUAGGUGUGAAAGAGGAAGAGGUUUGAGGCCUAGAUGGGCGAACCAAGGAUUAGAAUUUUUAAUUACAGUAUGCGAACCUCAUAAUACUAAGCACUUGACCGAUGAAGAGUUUGAAGAAUUGAAGACAUCUAUGGACAGCUGUAUAUCUCAUGUCGUUGGAACUGCUAGUCCCGCAACGAACAUAGAAACAGAACAUUUAAGAAGGUUGUCACGCUCAAGAGCUACGUCACCUUGCCACAGUAGGAGUCGGACAGCGAGUUUAAGUCUUUCUCAAAAGCCACGAGAUAUUCUUAAGUCUCCAGACAUAACGCAAAAUACGAAGAAGGCAACUUCACCAACCGCAGUCGACGGAAACGUAGCAGUGAUUUUAAAUACCUCAGAUCGUAGUAUAUCCAGACAGGAGAGAGUCACGCGUGCUAUGAAAAAGGUAGAUUCUGAAAUUGACGAAAGACUAAGGAGUCGUGAACUUAUCGGACAAAUUACGGAUAGAAAAGCUGUUGAUAGAGUCCGUAUCAAAGCUAGACGAGUUACUUUUACUUGGCAAAGAGGCAUUAAAAUAGGCCAAGGAAGAUUUGGUAAAGUAUACACCGUAGUUAAUAACCAGACCGGUGAACUGUUAGCCAUGAAAGAAGUACAAUUGCAACCGGGAGACCACAGAGCAAUUCGACGAGUUGCCGAAGAACUGCAAAUAUUUGAAGGGAUCCAGCAGAAACAUUUGGUUAGAUAUUAUGGCUUAGAAAUUCAUCGGGAAGAGAUGUUAAUUUUUAUGGAAUUCUGCGCUGAAGGAACCUUAGAAAGUUUAAUAGCAGGUAGUGGAACUGGUUUGCCAGAGUCAUUAGCUAGAAAAUAUACUCACCAGCUUCUUUCAGCCGUAGCGGUUCUUCAUUCUCAUGGAGUAGUACAUCGCGAUAUUAAAACUGCAAAUAUAUUUUUAACCGAUGAGGGUAAUUGCUUGAAACUUGGUGAUUUCGGUAGUGCAGUGCAAAUUAAAGCGCAUACUACUAUGCCUGGUGAAUUGCAAGGUUUCGUUGGCACUCAAGCAUACAUGGCACCGGAAGUAUUUAUGAAGUCAGAAACGGGUGGUCAUGGUAGAGCAGCUGACAUUUGGUCAGUUGGUUGUUGUGUAAUAGAAAUGUCCAGUGGACGGAGACCAUGGUCAGAUUAUGAUUCUAAUUAUCAAAUAAUGUUUAAGGUGGGAAUGGGCGAGACGCCAGCAUUACCAAAAAAUCUGUCCGUCGAAGGAGUUGAUUUAGUAAACAAAUGUUUACAACACGAUCCAAAGAAAAGAUUAACCGCAAAUGCCUUGCUCGCACUACCGUUUGCUCGAGCAUACGAAGAUGUAAAUGCUGAUUUAACGGUACCGCGUCAGCAAAUAUAAAAUGUCAUUUUAAUUGUAGAGUCUUUCGGUUUGAAAGAACGGAGAAUCUUGUAUCAUCGUUAUCACCUGCAUCAGGUUAAAUAUAUUGUUGAUUAGUUUAACAUGAAAAGUACUUUUCACCCACCAAAUUUUUUUUACUUAUUUGAGAAAUCUUUCCCAAAAGUUUAUCUCGAUAAUUUUAGAGUUCCUAAUGAAAUCGUCGCAUGUAAAGUAGGCCCGUGUUUUAUUAAACAAAAAUUUAUUAACUAUAAAGUACAAAAUUUAGUCAUUCAGUAUUAAGACAAGGAGAGACAUGUUUUCAGGAACAUUCCGAAGUGCGGAACAAAAUUGUUUCACAAAACAUUCGCAAACAUAUCAAGAAUUGUAUAUUUCUGAAAAAUUUAAAUUGUAUCGUUGCUUCUUCUUAGUCGAAUAACGCACCGAAACUGUAAAGCAAACGUUACAUUGUAAAUAGGAUAAAAUCGAAGCGGAACGUGGUGUUACAAUAGUGUUUAUUUUUGCACAAAGAAACAUACACAUGAUACAACAUACUUUCAAUUGUUUAAUUACGGAGGUAUGCCGUGUAUACUUUCCGUGUGAACGGAAAGCGAUAUGUGCUUACGAGUUUUGAAUAACCGUUAGACAUAUUGAUUACGAAGACGACUAUGCAUGUAUAUUCUGUGAUCGAUCCGUUUUGUUGCGAUUCCGAGAUCAUCUAUAAUUGUUGUCCGACAUAGGUAGUAGCGUAUAAUUUCAUUGUAACAACAGUAGUCUUCGUUCAAUAAUAAUGUUUGAAAUAAAGUUCAGCUGAACUUCCGAA